CGGGCGGGCGGGCACGGCGGGUUCCGGGCCAGCCCCGGGGGCGGACGGUUGGCCGGGCUCGCGGAGCCUAGCCGAGGCCUUGCCGGAGCUGGGCCGGGCUGCAGGGGCCGUCGCCGCCCGGGCCCGCCGCCCGCGCCCCCCACGCUGGCCCAGAGGGCUGCGGCCGCGUCGCCGCUGAGGAUGUCCCGGAAGGGGCCGCGAGCGGAGGUGUGUGCGGACUGCAGCGCCCCGGACCCCGGCUGGGCCUCCAUCAGCAGGGGUGUGCUGGUGUGUGACGAGUGCUGCAGCGUGCACCGGAGCCUGGGACGCCACAUCUCCAUCGUCAAGCACCUUCGCCACAGCGCCUGGCCCCCCACUCUGCUGCAGAUGGUGCACACACUCGCCAGCAACGGGGCCAACUCCAUCUGGGAGCAUUCCCUGCUGGACCCCGCGCAGGUGCAGAGCGGCCGGCGCAAAGCCAACCCCCAAGACAAAGUCCACCCCAUCAAGUCAGAGUUCAUCAGAGCCAAGUACCAGAUGCUGGCUUUUGUGCACAAGCUGCCCUGCCGGGACGACGACGGAGUCACCGCCAAGGACCUCAGCAAGCAACUCCACUCGAGCGUGCGGACGGGAAACCUGGAGACGUGUCUGCGCCUGCUGUCCCUGGGUGCCCAGGCCAACUUCUUCCACCCAGAGAAGGGCACCACACCGCUGCAUGUGGCUGCCAAGGCAGGGCAGACGCUGCAGGCCGAGCUUCUCGUAGUGUACGGGGCUGACCCUGGCUCCCCUGAUGUUAACGGCCGCACACCCAUUGACUAUGCCAGGCAGGCGGGGCACCAUGAGCUGGCGGAAAGGCUAGUCGAGUGCCAGUAUGAGCUCACUGACCGGCUGGCCUUCUAUCUCUGUGGACGCAAGCCGGAUCACAGGAAUGGGCAUUACAUCAUCCCGCAGAUGGCGGACAGAAGCCAGUGUGGCCAGAUGGGGAUGGUCAGACCUGGGCACCUCGGAUCCCUGAACGCCCAGAUCUUCUCUCUUCUGAGACCCCAAGACUCCCCGCUACUUUUCUGCCUAGACCUGUCCGAGUUGGCCAAAGCUGCCAAGAAGAAGCUGCAGGCGCUCAGCAACCGGCUUUUUGAGGAACUUGCCAUGGACGUGUAUGACGAGGUGGAUCGAAGAGAAAAUGACGCUGUGUGGCUGGCAACCCAAAACCACAGCACCCUGGUGACGGAGCGCAGUGCCGUACCCUUCCUGCCCGUUAACCCUGAAUACUCAGCCACGCGGAAUCAGGGGCGACAGAAGUUGGCCCGCUUUAAUGCUCGAGAGUUUGCCACCUUGAUCAUCGACAUUCUCAGUGAGGCCAAGCGGAGACAGCAGGGCAAGAGCCUGAGCAGCCCCACAGACAACCUCGAGCUGUCUGUGCGGAGCCAGAGUGACCUGGACGACCAGCACGACUACGACAGCGUGGCCUCGGACGAGGACACAGACCAGGAACCCCUGCGCAGCGCCGGUGCCACCCGGAACAACCGUGCUCGGAGCAUGGACUCCUCAGACCUGUCGGACGGGGCCGUGACACUGCAGGAGUAUCUGGAGCUCAAGAAGGCCCUGGCCGCCUCCGAGGCAAAGGUGCAGCAGCUCAUGAAAGUCAACAGCAGCUUGAGUGAUGAGCUCCGGAGGCUGCAGCGGGAGAUCCACAAGCUGCAGGCCGAGAACUUGCAGAUCCGGCAGCCGCCGGGGCCAGUGCCCACAGCCCCACUCCCCAGCGAACGAGCGGAGCACGCGCCCAUGGGGCCUGGCGGGAGCACCCACCGCAGGGACCGCCAGGCCUUCUCCAUGUAUGAACCGGGCUCUGCCCUGAAGCCCUUUGGAGGCCCACCUGGGGAUGAACUCACCACCCGGCUCCAGCCUUUCCACAGCACCGAGCUGGAGGAUGACGCCAUCUAUUCAGUGCACGUCCCUGCUGGCCUUUACCGGGUCCGGAAGGGGGUGUCGGCCUCAGCUGUGCCCUUCACUCCCUCCUCCCCACUGCUGUCGUGCUCCCAGGAAGGAAGCCGCCACACGAGCAAGCUUUCCCGCCAUGGCAGCGGCGCAGACAGUGACUAUGAGAACACGCAAAGUGGGGACCCGCUGCUGGGCCUGGAAGGGAAGAGGUUUCUAGAGCUGGGCAAGGAAGAGGACUUCCACCCGGAGUUGGAAAGCCUGGAUGGAGACCUUGACCCUGGGCUUCCCAGCACAGAGGAUGUCAUCCUGAAGACGGAGCAGGUCACCAAGAACAUUCAGGAAUUAUUGCGGGCUGCCCAGGAAUUCAAGCAUGACAGCUUUGUGCCCUGCUCAGAAAAGAUCCAUUUGGCUGUGACUGAGAUGGCCUCUCUCUUCCCAAAGAGGCCAGCCCUGGAGCCAGUGCGCAGCUCCCUGCGGUUGCUCAACGCCAGCGCCUACCGGCUGCAGAGCGAGUGCCGGAAGACAGUGCCCCCGGAGCCUGGCGCCCCUGUGGACUUCCAGCUGCUGACUCAGCAGGUGAUCCAGUGCGCCUACGACAUCGCCAAGGCUGCCAAGCAGCUGGUCACCAUCACCACCCGAGAGAAGAAGCAGUGACCACUCUCCCUGCACCCUCACCCGCACCCUGGGACCUCACUGGCCAUGGGAGCUGGGCCACUCCAGACACUAAUCCCCACCCCAACAGAGCCGCUGGCACAAGUGCCCUUAGUGCUGCCACUCUCACCUGGCAGCCAGGUGCCCUGGUGCCCGUCCCCCUUGAGCCCCCAAGGAUGGGGAGAUGAGGUGGCAGGAGCUUCUGUCCCCUACAUUCCAU